AGUUGGAUUAAGAGAGGUACGAUUCCAGUCCCACCCAGGAGGAAGACUUGGGCCUCCACCCUUCUGAGCAAGGGAGAGGGCAUAUAUUUCUGCACUUCUGAAAAGGGAAGGGUGAUAAGAACUAGAUCGUCUCAACCGGGAGAAACAGUACAGGCAUAUCUGUAGCUAUUGGGGUCUCACUGGGCUUGAGACUCAAUUUUUAAUCUCUUGGGAGGAAAAGAUGUGUUGGAAGACGUUGCUGCUUCUGCUGUUGUAUUACAAUGCUCAGGCUACUGAGCCCCACAGGUGGAGCAGCGCUGUGCUGUUCCCUGCUGCCCAUCGGCCAAAGAGAUCCUCAUCCAUGCCAUUGAACCCGAUACUGCAGAAUUCCCUGGAGGAAGUAGAACUGCUCUAUGAGUUCCUCCUAGCUGAACUUGAGAUCAGCCCUGACUUGAAGAUCUCCAUCAAGGAUGAGGAGCUCGCCUCCAUGCGGAAGGCCUCCGAUUUCCACAUCAUCUGCAAUGAGGUCAUCCCCAAGAGCAUCCCUGAUAUCCGCAGGCUGAGCGCCAGCCUCUCCAGCCACCCUGGUAGCCUCAAAAAAGAAGACUUUGAGAGGACAGUGUUGACCCUGGCCUAUACAGCCUAUCGUACAGCCCUGUCCCAAGGGCAUCAGAGGGACAUCUGGGCCCAGUCCCUCCUUAGCCUCUUCCAGGCCCUGAAGCAUGACUUGAUGCGGUCCUCAGGCCCCAGGGUGUCUCCCUGAGAGACUGGUCCAUUCCAGGGCCGCGGAACAGGGAGCAGCACACACGGUAGUCCAGAAUUUCUUCAUUUUCUACUCCGUUUACAGAGGCCGACAACAAAACAUACCUCCAGCUCAGAGUAGCAGGCAUAAAAUAAGUAACCCUGGUUCUCUUUCCCUUUGUAGCUUCCUGAUAAACAAAUUUGAUGCAUGUCAUAGGUGAGCUGAGCUGAAACAGGCCUAGAGUGGUUCUUCAAGAUGCUUCCAGAGGUGGAAUCGCUUGCCUAGUAACUUCCAGAAAUCUAAGAUAAGCUUCAGUAUGGAGCAAUUUCCACAAAUACCCAAGUGUAAGAACAGAGCUAGGGGAGACGUCAUAGAGGUCAGCACAAGGUGAGAGAUAAAAGACAGAUUUGCUUUUUCCUAAGGGAACAGGAUACAGGGUUGAAAGAAUGUCUCUUACAACCAUUCUAUAGUAGAAUAUAAAGAAACUAGAGCCACACCCAAAUGAACACAGUGUCAGUCAGUCAAAGAUAUACUUCUCAAAUUAUCCAAAAGCCAUUGAGAUGAACCAGUGUUUUUAAGGCCCAUAUGCCUUGACUUUUCUUUCCUGAAGGCUGGUCUAAUACAGAAGAGAACCAUGAGGGGGGCUCACAGAAAUGCCACCAGUCUGAACAGUUCAUUCCUUGUCUUUUGAACAGAGAAGCCAGGCUAAUGCAGAGAGGGCCCUCCUACUGAAAAAGAUGGUGCCAGCACCCAUGCCUGUGUGCCUUAAGGUUAAAAUUAUUUAGCAUCAUCAGAGAAUUAAACAUUCCAAAUAAACUGACUUUCAGAUGACAGAAUUUUACUCCUUCAAAUGCCAAAACUUUCAUUUUAGCAAUAUAGAUUUGAUAUCUUUCUUAAACUACACAAACAGAAUGCCUUAAGCUUCUUGUCAGUACCUUAAGAUAAUCAUUUGAAAUAUUCUAAUGAAGUAGUUGGAUAAGAUAAUAAAUUCCUUUUACUUUUGAAAUGCCUACAAUCAUGUAACUAAAUCAUGCUGCAGGAGGACAUCUAGAUCUUAGAGGUCUGCUGAACUAUUUGCACCAACGCUGAAAGGUUCCAGGCUUUGCUGAUUCUGCAUCCAGUCCUGAGUUUUCACAUCACCUCUCUCAUUGUCGGGUUAUUAUGUUACCAACAUAACUUGCUGUGUUAGUUAGGGUUCUCUAGGGAAACAGAAUCAACAAGAGAUAUCUGUAAAUAUAAGAUUUUAGAAAAGUGUCUCAAGCAACUGUGGGGAUGCAUGAGUCCAAAUUCUGUAGGGCAGGAUGCACAAGUACAAAUUCUGUAGGGCAGGCAGCAAGCUGGCAACUCUGAUAAAGGUAUUCGAUACCAUCCGGUGGAUGAUUUUCAGGACUGUCAAUAGCAAUGAAAGUUCAUUCACCCAUCAACCAAAAAUUAAAGAAACUUUGCAUUUAUAAAUCAGGACCUAAAUUGAUGUGGCAAUCAAUAACUGGGGAAAAAAACACACAAAAGAUCAAUGCCCUUUUUAGAUUUAAUGAAAACUUUUCAUUUUUUCUGACUAAAUUCUUCAACAUUAUUUUAGUCUAUGUACACAUUAACUUUUUGCCCAAAAAAAAUUGGAUGGCAAUGACUUCAUUUACACGCAAAAUCAAAUCAAUGACUUCAUUUACACGCAAAAUCAAAUAGUGUGCACACUACCACUACCACCCCAAAACUCUACUCUUUGCCCAAUGAGCAGGAAAGUAGUAGUUUGGACAAAAAGAGACUUUCCCAUUCUGCAUCAUUAAUGCCAUGCUGUACACAACCACAAUCACAAUACACUUUGGUUUUAUUUCCUCUAGAAUAACUUGAGGGGUGUGAUGAUUGUAGUGGAAAUUUGCCCUUGACUUAUGGAACCAUUUCUACCAUUUCUGUAUGCCUGGAAAGUUUUAGGAUCUAAAAAGUCUUCUAUAGCUGACAUCUUCAUGGCUAUGUCUGGUGUCACUCAAGAGACACUGAAAAGCAUCUAUAUCAGAAGUUUUCAUUGCUCUGUCCUCUCACCUUUAAUCUAACUAAAAGAGAAUCAUUUAAGUGUUAAAUCAGUCAGAUUUACAGUUUGCUGCACAUAAACUGGUCUAAGAUUAGAUGCUCAUUAAAUGCCUUUACACAGCACCUUUAACUUUCCUAACCCAUUUUAAUUGUCUUACAUUUUUAAGCAUUAUAUUCUGGACAACUUUUUUUUUUCUUCAUCUGAAAAAUGGAUGGAGUCCCAAAGGAGAACUACUGGUCUUACUGUGUCACUCACCUCACCUAAUUUUAUUUAACAAAUGUUCAUUUAUGCUGUAAUAAAA